CACACACAGUCAAUGAGAACAGGGCUCCGAGCCGCAGGGACGCAACAGAGCUCAGGUGACCCCCCCCUCCUGAACCGGGACGAACCAGAACACACAACAUAAUACAGAAGGGAGCGCUGGAAAGGAGCGACUUUUGAUGAAUAAGGAUUUUUUUUUUUGUUGUUUGAAUAUUCGGAUACACACUGGGGAUAUCUGGAGGAGGAAGAAAAAACACACACUAACACAAAGACAAUUCUCUCCUGCGCCUGACGAAGGAAAAGUGGGCAUUUUCGGACGGAGAUGAAGACGAAAAAGGGUUUGAUGAUGCUGUCGGGCAGCGAGACGGAUGACGAGGACAGCGUGGACGCCCCACUGGAUCUGUCGUCCAGCGCGGGGAGCAACGGGAAGAGGAAGCGGCGGGGGAAUCUGCCCAAGGAGUCGGUACAGAUCCUCCGGGACUGGUUGUACGAGCACCGCUACAACGCGUACCCCUCCGAACAGGAGAAAGCCCUCCUGUCCAAGCAGACUCAGCUCUCCACACUACAGGUGUGCAACUGGUUCAUCAACGCGCGGCGGCGGCUUCUCCCGGAGAUGCUGAGGAAAGACGGCAAAGAUCCCAACCAGUUCACCAUAUCCAGGAAAGGCAGCAAGGCGGGCGACAGCUUCUCUGACAGCUCCCAGUCACCGAAACACAGCAGUCCUGCAGCAGGUACGGAGGAGAGCUACGACAAGCGCGUGCUCCACCCCUCCAGCUUCGAACCCGCCAUGCCCGGCGUCCUGAGGAAGGCGGUGUCUCCCUCCACACCCUCUCCAACCUCCAUGUCCCCCUCUCCAGGGCUCAUGCCCAGCCGCCCGUCUGUCAUCUGUCACACCACUGUCACCGCAGCGAUGCAGGCCAGCCCGACAGCCUCCCACCCCUCUGUGCCUGGAAUGAACUGUGACAGGGCGGCCGAGCUGCUGCAGUCUGCGCAGGCGCUGUUCAGGUGCCGGGAUGAAGGGCCGGGCAGCCAGCCGCUCCCCACCGCUACCACCAUCCUCAGCAGCACCGGCAUGGAGGGCAACCUGAGCCCCCGCAGCGGGCUCUUCAACACCCCUCCCCCCACCCCCCCAGACCUCACACAGGACUUCAGCGGCUUCCAGCUCCUGGUGGACGUGGCCCUCAAACGGGCCGCAGAGAUGGAGCUGCAAGCCAAACAGCUGGUCUCCUAAAGGGUGAGAGCGAGAGGAGACGAAGAGGAGGGAAUAGAGACUGACUUUGUGUCUCGACUAUGGAACUCCCCCGAGUUCACGGACUUGUCUGCACGCGACAGAGAACAAAUCCACAUGAAAGCCUGAUCAUUUCUAUUUUUGGUAUACCAAUCAAAUUGAUGAGGAUGUUUUUUUAUGGAAAAAAAUGUAUCGAGGUGCCUUGGCUGUAAGUUGUUUAUUCAUUUCACAUACAUGCGUAUGUAUCUACAUGUGUAUCUUAUUUGCACACAGGGACCAAAAAUGUUAUCAGAGAAAUGCUGCCUGUCUUAUGUCUUUCCAUUAUACUGUACAGUAUAUAAUUUUAGAGAGCGGAGCAAGAGCUAGAGUCAGCCCUCCUUCACAGACCAAUCAGACGGAUUGGUCGCAUCACACGUGUUUACUGUUAUACAUUUCAGAGAUCAGUUCACGAUUGGUCUGCCUCGUUUGUUUGCACACUAAAGGCAGAAGAAGGUCAUCUCAGUGUCUUAAACAUACUUUGCUCUUGGCAUCUAUGACAAACUUAUUCACUACUGUAGUAAUGUGUUUUCAUGAGUAUAAGUAUAGUUUCGAUUUUUGUAAUUUACUUUUAUUUUUAGCUAUUUUAAAAGAAAAAAACUCUAUGCUUUUUUUUUUGUUUUGUUUUUUUUACUCUUUUCUCCACCAGGGGAUAUUUCAGAUGACCAAUGUAGCAGGUUCUUAGUCUGAGCCUUCAUCCCAUCACUCAGCGAAAAAAAAAAAAACGACGGCCAGUGGACUGGAAAAUUAAACACUACAGAUGUCUUUUCUGCAUUUGCUGUUUUUUUUACAAACCUGACAAAGACAGCAUUUUUGAAAUCACCAAAAAAAAAGAAGCAUUUUCAUGUAUAAUAGGACCAUGUGUAUAGUUAAUGUGACAUGAUGCCCAAUGAUGUGAUUUCUUUUCAUACUGUGCAAUGUUUGUGGCAAAUAGGGGUCACAUGGGAAUCAAAUAAAGUUUUGUUUUUCUACA